AUGAGUGGUAAACCUUUCCUCAUUGGCGUUGCUGGUGGCCCUUGUUCAGGUAAAUCAACUGUCUGUCAGAAGAUAGUCGAUGAUCUUCAAACAACUGCUGGAGUUGAUCAUGCCAAUCGUGUAACAGUAAUUCCGAUGGAAAACUUCUACAAACCGAAGACUCCUGAACAACGGGAUAUGGCCUUGCGUGGAAACUACAAUCUUGAUCAUCCGGAUGCAUUUGACGAGAAACUUCUCGUUCGAACUCUACAAGAUUUACUCGAUCGUAAGACGGUGAAAAUUGCUCGGUAUGAUCCAGGAAAGUAUGAACAUGUCGAGGGUGUUAUGGAUACCAUCGAGCCAACACCGGUAAUCAUCAUUGAAGGAAUUUUGGUUUUCUAUUUCCCUGAAAUUCGAAAUCUCUUUCAAAUGAAAUUAUUCGUCGAUACCGAUGCCGAUACUCGUCUUGCUCGUCGGGUGUUACGUGAUAUGAAAGAGCACGGAAGAAAUCUCGAACACGUAUUAAACGGUUACACAAACUACGUAAAGCCCUCAUUCGAAGAUUUUUGUUUACCAACGAAAAAAUAUGCCGAUGUCAUUAUACCCCGUGGUGCUGAUAAUCAUGUUGCUGUCGAUCUUAUCGUUCAACAUAUACGAGAUUACCUCAAGCCGAAACCGGAGAAACUCGAUAGUCAACAAUCGAACGAACAUACAACACGAUCAAGACCACAUUAA